GAGGAGGAGAACGCCUCACGGAUUAUACACACACGAACGAUCCCUGAUCAACUGAAUGAUGAAGUGAGCUCGAGAUCUGAUCCCGAGAGGAAACAUCACUGAUCGAGGCUCAGAUUCCUGAAUGAUUUCACACCAGCAGCGAGGAAUGCGAGACACACACGUGUUUUACUUUGCUGGAGGAAAUACACAGACGACAAAGCCAAUGGAAUAAACCGAUCAUAUGGCUUCUGACACCUGUUUACUGCCUUUCUAUUAUUUUUUACCUAAUAAUGCACGACGAAAUAUAGCCUAGGCUCGAUCACUGACUGAUAAUGGCACUUAAUUCAUUCACAACUUCUCACGUGCAAUCAAUUCUUAAAAGUGCAUUGAACUCAGUGCAGGAACUGUAACGCACACACAUUCAAUUUAAGUUCUCGAUUUUACCGGGUUUUGUUGGAAUACCAUGGCUAUUCACUCUUCACCGUCUGAACUCGGAGGGAACCUGCAUUAGUUGAUCUGGAUUCUUCCCGUUCUCGGAUGUUGAGCGGUCACGGCAUGUUGAAGAGCCGCUGUUGCUUUCUCUUCCGUGACCUCAAGGUGUUUCUGCUCGGGCCACAGGAUCACACAAGCCCCAUGAACGGACAAACGGCCAGAAUCAGCCCGUAUGCCUCAGAAAAAAACAAUACCUUACGAGCCCACCGGCUCCGGGACUGGAGCGCCCCGUCCACGGAGGACUCUGCCGGGCUCGAGGCACCUGAAGGCGGAUCCGGGUGGACGGGCCCCGCGGUGGCGGAUGAGUUCUCCAAGGACCGGAGGGAAGACCGGUUCUCCUUCAUCAGCUAUGCAGAAGGUACCCCGGUGUGCAGGAUAUGCUUCCAAGGGCCGGAACAGGGCGAGCUGCUGAGCCCGUGUCGCUGCAGCGGGUCCGUUCGCAGCACUCAUCAGCCGUGUCUCAUCAAGUGGAUCAGUGAGAGAGGCUCGUGGACCUGUGAACUCUGUUACUACAAGUAUGAGGUGAUCGCCAUCAGCACCAAGAACCCACUGCAGUGGCAGGCGAUUUCCCUCACCGUCAUAGAGAAGGUCCAGAUAGCGGCGGCCAUCUUGGGUUCCCUCUUCCUCAUCGCCAGCAUCUCGUGGCUCGUGUGGUCGUCUCUCAGCCCUUCGGCCAAAUGGCAACGGCAAGACCUGCUCUUUCAGAUCUGUUACGGGAUGUACGGCUUCAUGGACGUCAUCUGCAUCGCUCUAAUCGUCCACGAGGGCCCGUCCGUCUUCCGCAUAUUCCAUCGCUGGCAAGCCGUCAAUCAGCAGUGGAAAGUUUUAAAUUACGACAAAAAGAGAGACAGCGAGGAGGUGAAGAAGAGCGAGGAAGUGAAGCGUUCGCUGCUAAACCAGAGGGAGCCGGUGAGAGUGGACGUCUCUCCGUCACCGUCUUCACUCAUGGCUUCUGCUGGGACGCCAGCGCUCGAGGUCCCCGACGGCACCACACACACCACCACACAGGACCCCACAGGCACCGACGGCCCAGCUUUGCCUGAACAACACUGUCCGUAUAACCUUCGCUAUCUAUUGAGCCAUCUUCGGCCACACGAGCCCCGGAGCUCGCCGAGUCCCAUCAGCACGAACACCACCAAACCUAGAGAAGUGGUGAUGAGAGUCACCACCGUCUGAGGAGGCCACACGACGCCUUUCAGCACAGACUGAAACUGUUGGAUGGGAUUAUAAAUGACUUUAAUAGAUGCUGAUCAUGAACAAUAUGGGUUUUUAAUUGCAUAUGCUGAGAUUUAAAGGAGUAGCUCACUUUUAAAGAAAACUUUUGCUGAUAAUU